AUGUCCUCCCUGCAGUGUCCCCGGCCAUGUCCUCCGGCGGAUGCUGGCAUCUGUCUUCUGGGUUCUGUUCCCUGCGACGUCGGGACAUACGGGGACGGAACUGGCGGGAAAUUUGAAAGCUGUAAAAAGUAAAACAUUACUGUAUCAAACCAUUUCACAUACAUUUUGUCCCUAGUGCUUUGUCCUGUGCCCUGCCUGCAUUUUUACUGUUCUUUCUGCCUGUAAACUGGGCAAUGUCCAUGGCGUCCAAAAAGCGUCCCUUUAGGUCAAAAGCAGUUUUAGACCAGCUAGAUAACAGUGAUAGUGAAUUAGAAUCACUUGCAGAAUUAA